UGUGCCAUAGAAAAAAGAAGGAUUAUCAAAAAAAAUAAAAAUCCGCAUUUUUUAUACCGGUCACUACAAUAUUAUUUUGAUAUAUUUACUUCUUUAAUAAAGUCCAUAUAAUCAUAUGAUAAAUCAAAUUAACGUCAUUGUAUUGGAAUCAGUCUUGUGAUGUAACGUCAACGAAAGUUAUAAAUAUUUAGCAAUUUUUUUUAGUAUCAACGAACAAAUACAAAUAUAAAUGCAGAGAAUAUCUGCUUACGUUCGAUCUUUGAAUUCAACUUUAAUUCAAUCAUUCGUUCCGUACUUUACAACCAGAACCAUGGCAAGCAAUAAUGAUACUAAGUCAUCUUUUGAGGAUACAAAGCUGAAAUACAUGGGUAUGUCGUUAGAAGAAAAAAAAAAAUUAAUUAAAUCAACUACAAAAAGCGUGAAUCAAAUACCAACAUGGGCAGAAUAUUGGUCUAAAAAUAAAUCAACUAUAAGCGUUAAAGCUUCGAACCAAAAUGCAAAGGCUGGCAUGGAAGUUGCCAAAAAGAUUUCCUUUUGGAUGGGAGACAUUACCACUCUCGAGGUAGAUGCAGUUGUCAACGCAGCUAAUUCGGUCUUAAUACCUGGCGGAGGAGUCGACGGUGCUAUUCACAAAGCUGCUGGACCUUAUUUGAAAACAGAAUGUGCCACGCUAGGGAGGUGCCCUGCCGGAGAAGCUAAAAUCACUGGAGGAUACAUGUUGCCAGCUAAAUAUGUCAUUCAUACCGUUGGUCCAAUAGGAAAGAUACCUGAGGUAUUGGAGCAAUGCUAUAAGAAUUGUCUCGAUUUGGCGAAAGCAAAUGGAUUAAGAACCAUAGCAUUCCCAUGCAUAUCUACAGGAGUUUAUGGUUACCCACAAGAAGCAGCAGCCCGAGUAGCUUUGUCUACAGUUACAAAUUAUCUUAUUAAUGAUAUAGACAGUGUGGACCGAGUAAUCUUUUGUCUCUUUCUAAACAGUGAUAAAGAAAUAUAUGAGAAAUUGUUACCAAGUUAUUUUGAUCUGAACUGAAUACGACUAGCAGUUAAGUUUAUAUUUAGGUAUCAUUCAAUUAGUUAGAUCGAAUCAAAUAAAAUUGUAUUUGAAUAUCUUUAAUAUUAUUCGCAUAAAAUAUUAA